AUGCACAAUCGAGAGCAUCCUGUCGGGCUGUAUCACCGCCUGGUACGGCAACUGCUCCGCCCACAACCGCAAGGCUCUCCAGAAGGUAGUGAGGUCUGCACAACGCAUCACCGGGGACAAACUACCUGCCCUCCAAGACACCGACACCACCCGAUGUCACAGGAAGGCCAAAAAGAUCAUCAAGGACAACAACCCCCCGAGCAACUGCCUGUUCACCCCGCUAUCACCCAGAAGGCGAGCCUACGUUUGCGGCUUGUCUGAAAACGAUGUCUGCAAUGGAGGUCCCAGGACCAGAAAGCGAUUGGAGAAGCCCUGCAUUCCGACAGAAAGUUGUUGCACAAAUUGAAGAGGCGAUGAGAAAGGCUGGGACUGCACACACGAAGUCCAGCAAUGAUAUGGAGAAUCAUGUUUAUGUCAAAGCCAAAUCUAGAGAAGAAUACUUGUCCCUGGUAGCAAGGUUGAUCAUUCACUUCAGAGACAUUCAUAAAAAGGCACAAGGAGGAGGUCUGGAUCCCAUGAAUGCCCUAACAAAUCUCACAGGGGUUCCAGGGGUUCCAGGGGGCAUCGCCAUGGGGCCUAGGCCACCUGGUGCACCCAUGGGUGGCAUGGGGACCAUGGGUCAGAUGCAAAUGGGUCAGCAUGCAAUGGCAGGUGUGGCUGGAAAUCCUCAAGCGAGUGAGUGUAUUUCUGAAGCGUUCUCACGUUAUUCAUGUUUACUUGAAUGCUGCUGUCUGUUAGCCCACAGAAACAAUUGGAUCAGUAGCCUACUGGUCAUGACAUUUUGAUUUUCGAUCAGGGACCUCCAAACUCAUAUUCCUGUGUCCUCCAUGAGGCUCAGAGCAUGUGAGCAGAGAUGAGUGGGAGCAGAGCGAGGAGCAGAGCGGGCACAAUUUGACUGCAGCUGGGGAAAUGGACGUGGAGCGCUCUGUGUGCAGUGAGCUGGAUUUCCGACCGCUCAACUCGGCUCACAGGCACUGCUCUACACUCAGUAACUCAGUUUCCUCAGUAACGCUCAGGUGUAGUGCUUUUCCUCCAGGGCUUUCCCCAAGUUCUCAGCUGGAGGAUGUGUGUCUGUUUUGUCCUCAUCCUCCCUGUAGUAGGAGGUCCAGGGCAGAUGCAGAUGCAGCAGAUUGCCCAGCAGCAGCAGUCCAUUCAGUUCCAGCAGUUCCAGGCACAGCAGCAACAGACAGCCAUGCAACAACAGCAACAGACGGCCAUGCAGCAGCAGCAGACAGCUAUGCAACAACAGACAGCCAUACAGCAGCAGCAGUUUCAGGUCCAGCAGCAGCUGAAGCUGCAACAGUUACAGCAGCAACACCAUCAGAACCAACAGCUUCAACAGCAGCACCAAAACCAGCAGCAGCAGCAGGCCCAAAACCAGCAACAACAGAACCAGAUGCACCCGUCAAGGCUCCAGCAACAACAGCAGAUAGUUCAGUUACAACUCCAACAGCAGCAUGCCCAGGCCCAGGCACAAGCUCAAGCCCAAGCCCAGGCCCAAGCACAAGCACAAGCCCAGGCGCAGUCCAUUCAGCACAUGGUCCAGCAGCAGCAGCAGGUUCAGUCUCAGCCCCAGGCGGCCCAGCUACCCCCCCACUCCCAGCAGCAGCAGGGCAUGGUGCCCCAGUCUCUCGCUGGACAGAUGACCACACAGCACGUGCCCAUCAGCUCGCUCAGUCAGCAGCAGCAACAGCUCAAGAUCCAAGCAUUGCAGGCUAGAGCGAUACAGCAGCAGCAAGUCCAGCAGGCCCAGCAGGCAGCGCAGCAAGCCCAACAGGCGGCAGCCCAGGCCCAGCUAGCUGCAGCAGUACCUGGACAGAUGAUGAUGCCCCGCCUUGGGAUGCAAAUUCCACCCCGGUUGCCCCGCGCUGCCCCGAACCCCGCCAUACCUCCAAACUCUGCUGCCAUGGGAGGACAGCAAAUGCCACAGGUUCAGCAGCACCAGAUGAUGUCAUCGCCCUCGCCGGUACAGGUGCAGACCCCCCAGUCCAUGCCCCCCCCUCCCCAGCCACAGCCAUCCCCACAGCCCCCGUCCUCCCAGCCCAACUCAGUCAGUUCUGGUCCCACACCGUCGCCAGGUGGCUUCCAGCCUAGCCCAUCCCCCCAGCCCUCGCAUAGCCCAGCCACCGCACGCACCCCCCAGAACUAUAGCGUCCCUUCCCCAGGACCCCUCAACACCCCAGGGAACCCCAGUUCAGUGAUGAGUCCAUCCGGGGCCAAUCAGCAGGAGGACCAGCAGUACAUGGAGAAACUCAAACAGCUGUCCAAAUACAUAGAGCCGCUGCGCAGGAUGAUCAACAAGAUAGACAAAAAUGAAGAUAGGAAAAAGGACCUGAGUAAGAUGAAGAGCCUGCUGAACAUUCUCACUGACCCCAACACAAGGUGUCCUCUCAGAACCUUACAGAAGUGUGAGAUAGCACUGGAGAAACUGAAGAAUGAUAUGGCUGUGCCGACGCCACCCCCUCCACCUGUGCCCUGCACCAAGCAGCAGUACCUGUGCCAGCCCCUCUUGGAUGCCGUCAUGGCAAACAUCCGUUCGCCUGUCUUCAACCAUUCCCUGUACCGUACCUUCGCCCCAGCCAUGACAGCCAUCCACGGGCCGCCCAUCAUGGGCCCCAUCAUCGCGGCCCGGAAGAGGAAACACGAGGAGGAUGACCGUCAGACCAUCCCCAACAUCCUGCAGGGGGAGGUGGCCCGUCUUAAUGCCAAGUUCCUGGUCAACCUGGACCCUUCGUUCUGCAGUAACAACGGCACUGUGCACCUCAUCUGUAAACUAGAUGAUAAGAACCUGCCAAGUGUGCCUCCUCUCCAGCUCAGCAUCCCAGCAGACUACCCAGACCAGAGCCCUCAGUGGGCAGACGACGGGCAAGUGUAUGGUGCUAACCCCUUCCUACAAAACGUUCACAGAAAUAUGACCUCCAAGCUCCUACAGCUCCCAGACAAGCACUCAGUGACUGCACUUCUCAAUACUUGGGCCCAGAGUGUCAGACAAGCCUGUCUUUCAGCAGCAUAGACAAGAAGCUCACCUCACCUGUCCAGCAUAAUUUAUCACUAAGACAGUGCAAACUGGAAGGAGUGGGCUACCACAUCUUGGAGCACCAGCUCUCCCCUAUCACUAGGGCGUGCUGCUGAGGGUUCUAUACAAACUGUAUUAUGAGAAGGUCCAUUUGGGAUGAGUUAUGUAAAGAAUUUUGAGUUGAGAAAAUGUAAAACAAAUAACUGAACAUGUUGCAGUGUGAAGCUUUGGUGUGUGUGUGUGUGUGUGUGUGUGUGUGUGUGUGUGUGUGUGUGUAUAUAUAUACACUCAUAAGGGAUUUUUGUUUUGUUCUCAUGAAUAAAAACUUUUCUGUUCAUCUGUGUUUUCAUGAACCUAGAUACAGGUAACUUCCAAAAUAAAGGAAACACUUCAGUAAA